AUGAAAGUGCAAUCCAAUUUCAAAUAUCUGAGGAAUGUGGUGGGUACUCGCAUUUACACCCGCAUCCUCAAUCCUUGCAUGUUUGGCCCACAGAAACCUCUCGUAGAGUUCAAAGCGGGCAAGAUGCUGAUCAGGGGCAAAAUGGUGAUCCCUGACAAGCGAAAGGGCAAAAUCGAACUCGCCCAGAGCCCUGACGAUCAGCUCAUGCACUUCAGGUGGAAGGACAGAUCCACUGGCCAAGUAGAAACUGACCUGAUUAUCUUCCCCGAUGAGGCCGUGUUCAAGAAGGUGAAGCAGUGCACCACUGGCCGCGUCUUCCUUCUGGAGUGGAAGAGCACCGAACGGAGACUGUUCUUCUGGAUGCAAGAGCCAUCCGACGAGAAGGACGCCGAGCUGUGCGAGAAGGUCAACAAGGCCCUCAACAGUCCUCCCGCCGCUGAAGGAGGUGAGGCCGGCGCUGGUGGCGUGCCGGGUCUGGCGGGAAUGAGCCAGGAGCAGCUGUUGGCCAUGAUGGGCAUGGGUGGCCUCGGCGGUAUGGGCGGCGGCGGUGGUGCUCGCAGAGGAUCGGCUCGCGGUGCUGCCGCGGCCUCGGCUCCUCCCUCGGGCGCCCAGCCUGCUGCUGGCGGCGCGCGCUCGGCCGCCCCCACUCCCUCCACGCCCGCUCCGACCACAACUGCUCGGUCGACCGACGCCUCAAUCGGCGAGCAGCAGCUGCAGAACAUCCUCCGCGAGCUGGGUGCGGCACAGGGCGGCGGUGCCGGCGCCGCUGGUGGCCAGGCGCCCGAGGACGUCGACCUGAGUUCGGUCAUGACGUCGGAGGCCCUCCUCCCACUGCUCAGCAAUCCGGCCGUGGCCGAGCAGCUCCUGCCCUAUCUGCCCGAGGGCCAGCGGAACCCCGAGGAGCUACGGGAGCUGGUGCGUUCGCCGCAGUUCCACCAGGCGCUCCAGGCCUUCAACUCGGCCCUCCAGUCCGGCGCCCUGGCCGACGUGCUCCCGGCGCUCGGUCUGCCGGCCUCGGCCGCCGGUGGCGGCGUGCAGGACUUCCUUCGCGCCCUCCAGGAGCAAUCGCAGAGGCAGAGCGGCGGCCAGCAGCAACAGCAGGGAGGCUCACAAGGCGGCAACGAGCCCGCAGGCGGCGAGAAGAAGGACGACAAGGAUGGCAGCAGCGGCAAGGACGGUGACAUGGACACCUCCUGA